GCUUCUGUUCAGAUUGUUUUCGGUGUUUGUCUUUCACUAACGGUGGAUCUAUGGGACGUUUUCGAGAUACCAGUUCAGGUUUAUCUGCCUCCGAUACUGUUUUAGUACAAGUGGUUAUGUUAGGACAACAGUGGCAGUUUUCAAACACCUCGGCCACAACUUGUUUCUCUGUUGGAGUCUUGGGUUGAUUCUCCACCAAAAGAUACCCAUAAGGCUUUUCGGCUUCUUUCGCAUAGACUUUCAUAAAGUUUGACCUGUCUUUCGCAAAAAUCCGCUCCGCCACCAUGUCGAUUUGCUUACGAUCACUGGGACUACGAAAGAGGACCAUAUACUGAGCAUUCCUGCUGAUAUCAGUGUUGAACUUUCCUUUGGGAAACAUAUUUUGCAGCAAUAAUAUCACACUAGCAUUGCGAUGACGGCCUUGUGUAAACAGUGUUGAUAACACGAGACUGUCAGUUGCCUUGCUCAUUAGAUUAUCAAACACCAACACAUUGUGAAACUUUGGAUUGAUUUCUCUUAGAUCUUCACUCAGUGCAGGUAAGCCUUGGGUAAACACAAUCUCAUCACUAAGUGUAGAUUGCAAGGACGCAUACCGUGGUUGCCAUUGAUUGUAAAACCAGAAAAUACGUCUCUGUUUCUUACUGGGGUACUUGAUACAAUUCUUCUUUAACAGUUGCUCCACGAAAGACGUUUUUCCACACUGACUUGGCCCCACCACGAGCAUCGAAAACAUGUGGUUAAACUUAAAGUCUGGGUAAGGGCUCGUCUCUAAACAGUUAGCUGUUUCUAGCUUGGUUACUUUUCGCUGUUUCGGUUUAGUCUUAGUCUCAGUAGACCACUCUUACAACAGAUUGGACAAUUUCGUCUGUUUCGAUAAGGCAUGUUGACUCUUCGGCGUCUUAUCACAGCUAGUCGCUUUUCCACAAAGUCUCAUCCUAUUUAUACGUUUUCGAUUCAUUCAGUUGAAUGUAGGGUGCCUGUGAGGUGCCUGAGGGUGCCUGUAGGGUGCCUGUAGGGUGCCUGUGGGGUGCCUAUAGGGUGCCUGUGGAGUGUCUGUGGGGUGCCUGUGGUCGAUGAAAAUUCAUAGACUCCAGUGCAGAUUGCUUAGAACUAAACAACUGUAAUACACAUUUCAUUCCAAUUUUAUUUGCAGACGUUUUCCGCACGUUACAAAAUUAAGUUGCAGGCUUUUUCAACACGUUACGAAAUUAACUUGCAGACUUUUUCAACAUGUUACGAAAUUAACUUGCAGAGUUUUACUACAAUCUGUUCACUCCUCAUAGAAUGACAGGUUCAUUAGCAGUCCUUGAUCCAAGUUUUGUGUCGCUGUUAGCUGGUCAGCCAAGGCUUCUGAGAUUUUGUCCAUAGUGUUAUAAGACCACUGAUCUGGGGUACAUUCACACGUAUAGCUCACUUUGCUGUGUCUCCUUGAGGAGGUCUCUAUUUUGACGAGAGAGGUCUUGGGUGUUUUUCUCUGCUCAAGGAUGGCAUUCAGGCCUUGAUACAAUGGGUAGACGACUUCAAACACUAAGUUGCGGUCCCCUUGUUUGCCAGGUGUCUGUCGCUUUAGAUCUACCACAUACAAAUCUGUCUCCAAUUUUGGUAUAAGUGGCUUUAAACUUUGGAUAAUCCAGAGCCAAUUCUAUCCAGGAGAGUUUAUCCUCGUUCUUAGCCUCACGUUCUCUCUGCUCACGUUCAGCUUUCAUUUCCUCUAGAUCUCUAUCCCAUUCACGCUGCUCUGCGGGAGUCCAAUCGUCAUGCCCUCCUAUCCACAUGAUGAUUUGUGAUAAAUGAUAGAUAGAAUAGCACACCCCUUUCUCUUAUACCUUAGACCUCACCUCAGGCUAUAAAUAGAAUGGAAUUGUGUCUAUCAUUAUCAGUUGUACGUUUGAUUGCCUAGAGGUAACAUGUCUGUUAUGGGUGGUUCUGUAGAAGCACUUUCUACCAAGACUGGUAAUGAACCCACCGAAAAAACCAUGCCUGCCAAGACCAGGUUGAAGGGUUAUCGACAAAAACUGAUGACGAUCAAAGCUAGAAUCAAGUAUCGAGAGCAUACCCUCAAAGGGUUCAAAAAACAUCUCAAGAAUGGUACGUUUCCGCAAAGAAUGAAAUCUAUAAAACCAUACCCAAAAAUGAGUUCCCCCGAAGCUCAAGCUAUCGUCAAUGCAGCCUGUGAUCAAGUGCAAAGUGUCAUUUUGGAUCAAAUGAUUCAAGAAGAAGAGAAGAAACUCUCUCAAGAUCAAGACAGUUAUCAAACUAUGAGGAAGCAACGGGAAGGUGAUCGUCAGCGGCUCAAGGCCCGUAAAAAACCCAAGAAACCUACUGUGGCUCAACUCCAGCAAGAGCUCGCAGACUUGCAGUCAAAAUAUACCCAACUUUGUAGUAAAUUAGAAAACGGUCAGUGA